CCGACAUCCAGCAGCCAUCAUGCUUGACAUUCGCCCCUACCACGUUCUGAGCUACGGUACCCUGCUGGGUGUCCAGUUCUACCAGACAUUUGUCUCGGGAAUCGUGGCCUUCAGAGCCCUUCCCCGUCCUCAGUUCGCAUCCCUGCAGACGGCUACUUUCCCCAUCUACUUCUCCAUCCAGAGCGCCCUGCCUGUCCUGGUGGCUCUGACUGCCUCUCGGGAGGCCCAGCCCAUCGGUAUCUCCGGACUGCUUGCCGCUGAGAACCGAAGCACUUUGAUUCCCAUGGCCACGGCCGCGGUGACCGGACUGAUCAACAUGUUCGUGCUUCGUCCGUUGACCGUCAACGUCAUGAAGGAGAGGAAGCACCAGGAAACCCGCGACGGCAAGAGAAGCUACGAUCCCGCUCCUCACUCCAAGGAGAUGACGGCUCUGAACAAGAAGUUUGGUCGUGUCCAUGGCCUCUCCAGCUUGACUAACCUCAUCUGCCUGGGAGCUACUAUCUACUACGGCGCGUCUCUUAGCAAGCGUCUUUCUUAGGGGAGAAUAUCUGGUCUAUCGACUGCAGUGAACUAUGCUAUGCAUCUACAUUGACUACAAGGAUCAUGACUGCACACUGAGUUAGCAAGCGUGUUUCAUGAGAUACAAAUUACAGCAAGCGAUUUGAAUGCAUGGGAGGAGGCUCAGGGAUAGACUCCAGUACUCAGAGAAUUCUGAUUUGCAUACUAGCUUCUGUAGAUAUGCACAUUGCAUGAACUAACUAUGAAAGCUUCUAUCUUGAAUCCUAUGUCCAUUUCAUAAUCCGAG